UUUUAUGUUUCGUAAACACGCCCGCGCAAUAUGAGUCACCCUCCGUCAGUUUCCUGUAUUCCGAACACAGCUAAAAUGUCGAAAGCUAAAAAAGUUAUUGAAGAAGCGAAGGAAAUAAACAAUCCUGAAAUCGAUUUGGUCGACAAAGGAAUCUCCAGCCUCGAUGAAAUACCAGGACUGUUUAGUCUGGAAAACAUAACCCGUUUGACGCUAAGUCACAACAAGUUGUCAGUAGCCCCCGCAGGUCUUGCAAAUCUCAUAAAUCUUGAAAUUCUCAAUCUUGCUAACAACCAUAUUGAAGAACUCCCGGUCAGUCUUUCUUCUUUGCCGAAGCUUCGUAUCCUAAAUGUGUCUCUCAAUAGACUGUACACACUGCCGAGGGGCUUUGGAGCAUUUCCGGUGUUGGAAAUUUUGGACCUUACAUAUAAUAAUUUGAAGGAACAGACCUUGCCUGGGAAUUUCUUUAUGAUGGAAAGUCUCAGGGCCUUAUAUCUUGGAGACAAUGACUUUGAAUAUCUACCACCAGAGAUUGGCAACCUGAAGAAUUUACAAAUUUUAUCUCUACGAGAGAACGAUCUGAUCGAAGUGCCACGUGAGCUGGGGCAGCUGCUCCGACUGAGAGAAUUGCAUCUGCAGGGCAACAGGCUGGUUGUGUUGCCGCCCGAGAUUGGUGCACUGGACCUGGCCAGCAACAAGUCAGUCCUGCGGCUGGAGGGCAACUUCUGGGUUCCGCACAUCGAGGACCAGCUCAAACUGGGCCCUUCACAUGUGCUGGACUACUUGCGCUCCGAGACUUACAGAGUGCUGUACAGCCGCCACAUGUCGGCCAAGCCGCCGCCGCCGCCGCAGACGCUCGACAAGAGCAAAAAGGCCAGCCGCGCUCGAUCCUAGCUGACUCAUACAGUACCAACUACAAGGCACAGUGGACUAACGGCCGAAAUUAAUGAUCAAUCCAUCUGUAAUCUGUCGAUAACUUCCUUAGCAACAUAUUGAUAAUUAAUAAUUUUCCUUAUACUUUCCAAUCUUUAAGGUUGCCUGGUAGAAAUAAGGCCGCCUUUUGUAUCUUCCCUCUGUCUGUGUUUUUUAUUCUUUAAUGUAAUCCUUCUUGUGGUUGUGCAAAUAAAGUGUAUUUAUUAUUAUUAUUGAUACAGAUAGCAGCAGUAUUGGUUAAUUUCGGCCGUAAUAAGUGCGACUAGGAUGUUACUUUCUGGGUCUAUUUAUGUUUUACUCAAUAGAUUGUAUGUAACAAUUGAAUUUUUUAAUCGUGCUUACAACAAUAUGGACAACAAUUGAAUUUUUUAAUCGUGUUAACAAAAAUAUGGACGAAGAGCCUGCGAGGGCCAGACCUUCGUUAUUUUACUAAAGCUGAAAGUUUCUCUGCGUGUUGUCCCCAACACGGAGGAACGAUCAGCGACUAAAUUAUAAUGUAUAAUGUAAAUAUAUAUGUAAUUUUUUUCUAUUUUCUUCAGAAAGUAUUGGAAAUCACAUUAUGCAUUGCCAGAUACUUAGUAUCGUGGCAACCCCCUGCCAGACAACCUUAGUUGUUAAAAUUAAAUUGUUAAAAUAUAAAAAAAAAUACACUUUAUAUUAUUAUUUAUAAUAGACUAAGCAGCUUCCGCUGAUGCGUCUAUAUCAGAAAUGCUUCGAGUUUUCCAAAUGUGUCUAAUCUAUUCUCGAACUGGUUAACAGAGCUUAACAUAAUCACAUCCUUGGGCAAUUUAUUCCAUUUGUGAACAACUCUGUUGGUCAGAAAGUGUUUCAAUGGAUUUGACGAUGAUAAUUGAUAUUGUCUUCAUAUCAUUUUACUUUUACGUAAGAUUUUUUACAUCUUUGCUGCCUGUUAUCUCCCAAAGCCACCAUGAUCCAAACUUCAUAGUCGCUGAUCAUUCUUCCCUGUGUUGGGAACAAUAAGCAGAUAUAAAAUAUCGAAUGUCUGGACCUCGCGGGCUCUUUCUUUAUUACUAUAAUUAAUGACAAUUUUAAUUUAUUAAUUGUGAAAAUAUGUGUUUAAAUGUUGUAACGUGUGUGCAAGAUGUGAUACUAAAAACAAAUAAAACAAAAUUAUAUAUAAAUGUUUAAAAAAAACUUUAAUUAUCUAGGCAGGUAGUAUCUUAAAAAAAUAAGUGAACACAAACAUCAUAAAAUUAUAUGUAACAAUAUUUCUGUUACAAAAUACAAUACGAAAUUUACAAAACUAUGGUGCUAUUUCCGCAUAAGUUUGCCAUAUUUUAACUAAUGUAUUACAAUUAAAUAAGGAUAAUAAUUAAAUAAGUAUAACUAACAAUAAUGUAUUUUAUUUUUAACUUAACUAAAACCUUAUUUUAUUUAACCUGUUUUUUAUUUUAAUUUUAGUUCGAAAUUAAUAAUCAAUCUAUAUUUGUGUAAUCUGUCGAUAAGUCACUUAGCAACAGUAUUUGUAAAAAUUAUAAGGUUUUUUGACAAUAUUGCUAAGCUACUUACUAAGAAAUUAAAGAUUGAUUUAUUAAUUUUUGGCUGUCAGUAAAUACUCACAGAAUUCAAAACAGGCAAUGGAACAUGAACUUGUCUUUGUUUCACUAAGGACCCCUAAAAAGA